GCGUGCGCACCACCAGAGCCAGAGCCAGAGCGAGUUGAUUUAAAACCGAGUAUCGAAAAGGGGGGACUACUAGCCACCACCGUCAAAAAGGAUGAAGAGCACCGCAGCUUGUCUAUUGGUCGCCCUGGCGACGCUGGCCGUCGCCCACUCGGCGCCCACCGAGGGUCAGAAGGCGCCGCAGUCCGCCACCCAACUGGCCCUGGAUAUGUACCACGGCUGUCUCAAGGACCUCAGUGUAUCGUGCGUGCGACCCAAGGCCCUGCAGUGGUUCAACUCUGCUCUCCAGCAGCCGGAAGUGCGUCUCACCGAGCGCCUGUCCAUUGUUCGCACCUCGGAGAAAACGAAGGAGUCGCGAUCGAUGGAUCCCCAGGAACGCAUGUUCGAUGCCAUCGACAGCUACCUGGGUAGUCAUUCCCUGAGGAUCCUGGCCCCGGAGUACUUCCGCACCUCGGAGGCUCGCUCCCUGGUGCCCGAUUUCCUCAUGGAGAAUCCCCUGACCCAGGGCGGAGUUAUACCCCUGGCAACUGCCAAUGAAGGACGAGGCAUGAUCCGCAAGGCUGUUCUUCCCUUCCUUCUGGGCCUGAAACUCAAGACCACUGUGCUGGUGCCCCUUGCCUUGGGCCUGAUUGCCCUGAAGACCUGGAAGGCCAUGACUUUGGGACUGCUCUCACUGGUCCUUUCUGGAGCCCUGGUUAUCUUCAAGAUUGCCAAGCCCAAGAUUGUCAACUACGAAGUGGUGCAUUAUCCCCACCACCACGUGGACCAUGUGGUUCCCCAUCACAUUGAGCAUGUGGUUCCCCACCAUAUCGAGCAUGUGGUUCCGCAUCACAUCGAGCACAUUGUGCCGCACCACAUCGACCAUCACUUGGAGCACCAUGUGGACCUGCCGGUGGAGCACAUUGAGCAUCUGGAGCAUCCCUCGCCCGCCUGGGAUCCCCAUGCCUGGGCCCGAUCCUCGCAGGAGGGACAAGAUGCCCAGGACCUGGCCUAUGCGGGCCAGAAAUGAGGCUGAGACCACAAACCCAAAACCCAUUUCGAAAUUCGGCCAAACUGCAACCCUAUUUAUUUUGCUUUAAUCUAAGUAGUUGAAACGCUCGGAGUUCAGCGUAUUGUUUAUUUAUUUAUUUAUUGAGAAGUGUACAAAACAAAACAAAAAAAAACACACACACAUAAAGAAAAUAAGGCUCUGGUUUGGAGUUUUUAAAGGUACUAAGUGGGUAGGAGCUUCUGCAUCCUUUGUGUAAAUAUUUCUGCAAUAAAAGCAUGCAAAAAAUUA